CCGCAGUCAGCCGCUGCCCCGCGAGCACCUCUCCUGCCAGUGCAGCCUCCUCGCGUGUUUUUGUUGAUUUUGUGUGUGUGCCCCCGCGUGUGAUCGUCGCCAUGUCGACGGCCAGCCUGACGAUGCAGCAGCACCAGUACAACUACCACCAGAUGGCCAUGCCCCACCACCAGGCCAUGGACUACAUGCAGAGCAUGCACCACCACAUGUCGGAGCAGCUGGUGGACAUGAAGCCCGUCCUGCCCCUGGCCGACGUGAAGCCCGCCCUGUCGCCGCCGCUGCCGUCGCCGCAGAUGCCGCCGUCGCCGAUGCAGGAGCCCGUCCACCACCACCAGCAGAUGUCGCCGCCCAUGAGCAGCCUCAGCCCCCCGCAGCAGCCGUCGCCGCGCUCGCCCGGCGCGCCACCCACCCCCGGCUCUGAGCACAUCAAGCGGCCCAUGAACGCCUUCAUGGUCUGGUCGCGCAUCCAGCGCCGCAAGAUCGCCCUGGAGCACCCCAAGAUGCACAACUCUGAGAUCUCCAAGCGGCUGGGCGCCGAGUGGAAGCUGCUGUCCGAGUCCGAGAAGAGGCCGUUCAUCGACGAGGCCAAGCGGCUGCGCACCGUGCACAUGAAGGAGCACCCCGACUACAAGUACCGGCCGCGCAGGAAGCCCAAGGCCGCCCAGCAGCAGCACCUCGGUCCCGCCAUGGCCGGCAAGGGCAUGCCCCUCAGCGCCCCCAACGGAGGCUUCCCCAGCUUCGCGCUGCCGCCCUACUUCGCGUCGGGCCCCGCGCCGACGCACCCGCACCACCUCGACAUGGGGCUGGCCCAGGGCCUCCCGGCCAUCCCGCCCUACUUCGGCUCCGCCUUCGACCCCAUGCACUUCAGCAAGCUGAUGGGACAGCAGCAGGCGUCGCCCAACUCGAGCGGCGGCAAGGACAGCAGCCAGGGCGCCGCGGCGGCCGUCAGCUCGCUCUACUCGUCGCUGUACCACCCCAACCCCAGCGUGACCACGACCAUGGCCUCCACCAUGGCCUCGAGCAUGGCGUCGAGCAUGGCCUCCAGCAUGGUGUCGAGCAUGGCUUCCAUGGGGCAGCCCAAGUCGCUGUCCGCCCUGUUCCCACCUCACCUGUCCAUGUUCCACGGCCACCCUGGACACCCUGGACACCCCGGACAGCACAGCCCCGGCUCCAGCCCCGGUGAGGGCAGCCCCAUGGGAUUCGGCUCCUCCGCACACCUCGACAUUGACCAGCUGCGAAGACCAGUGCCUGUGCAUUACUAAGUGACAGUGAGCUUGUGUAAGUGUGUGUGUGUGUGUUCGAAUGAAUGUGUCUGUGAGUGUGUGCGUGUGCGAAUGUUUGUGUUGCCGACUGUGAUGAUGGUUGAGUGUUCCCGAUCUCAGCAGUGUGCGUUGAUGGUGGCCAAAGAAGUUCUGCCAUUCAGUCAGUGUUCAGUUAAUGAUUUCUUGUACUCGCUGUACUCUUGUGAUGUGUGGUGCAAGUGCUUAUCUUAUAGAAGUUGUUAGAAAGACUUGAUAGUAAUUAGUGAUCACCUGUGGAGAUGUGCCAUGGCACCUGGACGGUGUAGGGCGCACUGCGGCCGUAAACGCAGGGGUAUAUAUUUCUCUUUUUUUUUUUUGUACAAAAAAGUAAACUUGCGACGUGGACUUGAGUUUAUUGCUGUUAUAUUGUCUGCCCGGCGAUUGCCCUGCAGGUACUUGUUAUAAAUGUGGAGAUGGAUUGAGUAAAUGUGAUAUAGCUGUAGUGUUCUCACUAAGUUAAUAUUGUAAUGUGCAUUUUAUUUCAGCUCAAAGAUUCCUAUUCUUAUUAAACGUAAGACUUAUUAUUAUUAUUAUAUUGAGUUCUUCAGAUAUGUGGAGGAGUUGUUAAUAAACUUCUGUUUUAUAUAAA